AUGGCGACACGAGUCACCCUUGAGGGUGCGAAACGUGCUGCGGCCUUCGCUGCCGGUGAACGUCACGUCUUCAGCGGCUGUCGAUUGGGUGUUGGUUCAGGCUCAACGGCCAAGUAUUUGGUGGAAUUCUUGGAGGAUCGAAUAAAAACCGGUAAGCUGAAAGAUAUCGUGUGUGUGCCGACAUCAUUCCUAACACGUAAGUGGCUGUUGGAUGCUGGCAUCAGUGUGACAAAUCUUGAGCAAAACCCCGAACUGGACGUUUGCAUAGAUGGUGCGGAUGAGGUGGAUGUCAACUUGAAUCUCAUCAAAGGUUGGUGGCCUCUUUAG